UCUUCAAUCCAUGGUUAAGAGUAUAACUGCCACCAUAUGCAAAAACACUCUACCACCACGCUACUAUUCGGCCAUUCCCGGCAAAGACUUUAAUGAGGACUAUUAUAAGCAUUUCUAUUCACAACUCAACUACAACCAAAUGUUGUAUCGCAUAGUACUGCAGCGAUCAACACAAAAAGUACUUAGAUGGGCGCAGUGGAGUCGCGUAGAUCUCUGUUUAGUCAAUGAAAUGGGUCUACCGUCUUGCCAAAACAUCAGUGCCAAUAUCCAAGUCCAAUUGAGCUGUAAGUUACUCACCCGGAGAAACGACUCGUUUGUGGAAGAUGCACGGUACCAAGUGGAUACACAGCCUUUGCAAGACGAUGAAUGGGGAUAUGACGGCCAGCGGUUAGCGAAUACCAUCGGUUUCGACCAAAGCAAUCGUGGUGGUUUGCAAUUUCGUAUCCGGCCCUCUGCUAAUGACAAAUUAGAUCCCCGUUCACACAAUGUUUAUUUGUAUAUAUUUCAAAGUCAUGCUGAACGAGACUCCCUUACUGCUAGCAAGGUAUUACCUCUUGUCAUUGGGCCUCUAGUGAUAAACGAUCAUAAGGACCAUUCUGGUUUUGACCCGUUCUCUGUACCCUCCAUGUGGUCAGAUGUGGUAUCCAAAAACCUGGCAGCCCAGCCCGCUGCAGCUAUUACCUCCGUAAAUGAAGGGUUUUGGGACCAAAAACAAGAAACCAAUCGAUCCUAUCGAGCGUACCCUUUUCGAUGUGGUCAAGAUGAACGCUACAUCUUGUUGGAAGAAAAUUGGAGAUCUGGGAUGCCAGGCAAAAUCUGGGAUGGAGCGCUGGUCAUUACCGAUAUCUUUGCAAAACGUUUAGCCAAAGACCCUUCGUUUCUCGACAAUGUACAUAUAAUGGACCUUAGUGCCGGGCUCGGUUGUUUUGGUGUCGCCAUCUCAUUCAUAUACCAAAUUUUACGCAGGCAUAACUCGGUUAGUCGACACGGUACCCCUCCAUCUGUAACGCUAACCGAUUUGCAAGAAGCUCUUCCUCUCAUUAGACGUAAUUAUCAACUGAAUAUGCCACCUGCGAAGACUUUGGACCAAAACAACCAACAGCAGCAGUCAUUACAAGCAGUCAGCCAUCCAUUUGUUUCCAUCACUCCUUUGCGCUGGGGGAUGCAAUGCGACUCACAGAAAGUCACCGCCUGGAAGCCAAUUGACUACAUAAUUGCUUCCGAUGUCCUGUACGACCCCAGUAAAACUUCGGCCCUGUUGCAAACAUUGAUUCACUUAAGUUCACCCGGUGUCACUACGGUGUAUCUUGUGUACAAGAAACGAGCUCUGAAGCGAGAAGAAGAGGAGGCAUUUUUCAUGGGUUGCCGCCAAUAUUUUGAUCUCAGCGUCAUGCCUGAAUAUCCCAAUGAAACUGGAUUGUGUCGUGACGAGUCCUCGGUGGAUGGGUCUACCUGGCUUGGAUGUGACAUUGAAAAUACCUCAACUCCACAUUCUAUUCAAGCCACACAAUUCGGCGUAGUGGUAUAUCUAAUGAAGAGAAGGUAAUUUAUAUGUAUUUCAUACACUUCUCUUCUUCAACUCGAUGUAUGGGAAGUUUUGGUUUUUUUUUGGUUUAGCUUUAGAUUAUUGUAGAUACUUAGUAUUCUCCGGUUUAUAUUUGCGUAUAUUACAAACUAUUAUUAUGAAGCCGAGC